GCGCACUAAUGAGGCCAACAAGGCUCCAUCGCAAAUAUUGGAUCAUGGUGUAGUGGGCAAGACAUCGGCGUGGAUGUAAAAGCAGUAGCCGUGGGCUUUGAAUGCCAAGACCCGUUGCGGUUGGAAUGACGCUGAUCAAGGGCAACAACCAAAAAUGUAUCUUGUUCCAACUACUGAUUCAUCAUCUAUCUCAUCGUGAACUCCAGUAUACCUAAAACAAGGUGCUACACUAUGUCUACGAUGCGAGCGGUGGUCGUCCACACGGCCGGACCCCCCGACGUUCUCCAAGUCAUACAAUAUCCCAUUCCCCAACCCGGUCCGGGACAAGUCCGAAUUAAAGUCAAGGCAUUCGGACUUAAUCGGUCGGAAAUGUUCACCCGGCAGGGCCACUCGGGCUCCGCCGUCCAGUUCCCCCGCAUCCUCGGCAUCGAAGCCGUGGGCAUAAUCGACGCCGCCCCAGGCCUGGAAGACCGAUUUCCGCCCGGAGCCACCGUCGCUACAGCUAUGGGUGGAAUGGGUCGAGCCUUUGAUGGUGGGUAUGCGGAGUAUACGUGCGUACCGGCCCAGCAGGUACAGAUUGUGAAGACGAAGUUACCCUGGGAAGUGUUGGGGGCGCUUCCUGAGAUGCUGCAGACAGCCUGGGGGUCGGUGAUACGGUCACUCUCUCUGAGGCCUAAGGAUCGGUUGUUGAUCCGUGGUGGAACGUCCUCUGUGGGGCUGGCGGCUGCGGCGAUUGCUAAGAAACACGGAGCGUUUGUGGCGUCGACGACUAGAAAGAAGGACAGAGAGGCGUUGCUACGGGGUCAAGGGGUGGACGAGGUUUGGAUUGAUAACGGGGCUAUUGCUCAGCAGAUUGCCGCGACAUCGGGCCAAUAUUUCGACAAGGUGCUCGAGCUUGUGGGAACGGCGACCUUGGCCGAUUCAUUCAAGUGCGUGAAGAGGGGAGGGACUGUUUGUAUGACAGGGAUUUUGGGGAACGAGUGGCAUUUGGAUAAGAUCAACCCGAUGGAGUUGAUCCCGAGUGAAUCGAAACUGACAACAUAUUCUGGGAUGGACGAGCAAUUCAUGGGAACACCGCUGGAUAUACUGGUCAAAAUGAUCGAGGAGGAGAAGCUCCAGGUUCGGGUGGGACGAGUGUUCCGGUUACAGGAGAUUGUGGAGGCCCACCGCUGCAUGGAAGGAGAUGAGGCAGAAGGGAAGAUUGUAGUAGUUCCAUAGAUGUGAUUGCUAUCUGUGAUCGUUUAUUCGAUGAUUCUUAAGUCUAGAAGGGUCGUUAGAUCUCAUUUAUGCUAUGAAUAGAGCAAUUGGCUGGAGUGAGUGGACACAGCCGGGUGAUUCAAAAACGAUCGAGUCAACCAGCGCCGGGAUACCCUGGUAAUAGGUGAAUAACAGCAUUUAGCACCAGGCCUCGAUUGGUUGCCGAGUGAUGAUCGAUGUGGCACGACAGCAAGCAGUGCACCCCGACAUUUCAACAAUCCCUGGGACUGGGGUGAAUUGCAAAGGUGGGAUGCUGAAGAGUGACAUUGCAUAUGCUAAGCACUGAUACACAUUUUGUGACAUACAUUAGAGAUUGCUGAAGGGUGAGUUGGAUUUUAGGUCUAUUGCAAGCGAGUGAUAAAACAGAAACUAGUCCAGGUGCGUGCUCAGUUAAUGAUUUAGAACAAAGAUCGAGGGAACGGGCAUAUUAUCUUGGCUAGAACGUUGCAUAUAAAGAAAUUUCCACCAGGGUAUGAUCCGAAAGAGAAUGGAACCGUGGAAUAUAGC